AUGCAGGCCAUGGACGCGGCGGAUUUUCACGAGGACGGCGAGGACCUGGACUUCUACGACUUCGAGCCGCUCCCCACUCUGCCGGAGGACGAGGAGAAUGUGUCCCUGGCCGACAUCCUCUCCCUGCGGGACGGCGGCCUCAGCGAGCAGGAGGCCUGGGCCGUGUGCCUGGAGUGCAGCCUGUCCAUGAGGAGCGUGGCCCACUCGGCCAUCUUCCAGACCCUGUGCAUCACGCCCGACACCCUGGCCUUCAACACCAGCGGGAAUGUGUGCUUCAUGGAGCAGCUCAGCGACGACCCCGAGGGAGCCUUUGUCCCCCCAGAGUUCGACGUGACUGGGAACACCUUCGAGGCGCACAUCUACUCCCUGGGGGCCACGCUGAAGGCUGCCCUCGACUACGUGACGGAGCCCGAGCCCCGGCCCCGGCUGAGCCAGGAGCUGGAGGCGCUGCUGGGCCAGAUGCAGGCGGAGGACCCCGGGGAGCGGCCGGCGCUGCAGGCCAUCAUCGCGCUGUGCGAGGAGAAGAUGCAGCUCACGUCCUCCUGCCGCCUGUGCCGCAGCCUCUCGGCCGCGGGGAGGAGGGUGCUCUCCAUCGAGUCCUUCGGGGCGUUUCAAGAUGUCAGUGAGACCGCCUGGAGGGGGAGGCUGGCUCCAAAAAGUGCGGGGCCCAGGAGGCAGCCGGGGGACCAAUCCGCCGACCCAGAGGCGCCGCCUGCCCCCGAGGGCCGGCCCCCGACCCCCGCCCGGGAAGGCCCAGAGCACCCAGGGGCCCCACCCUCCAAGUCUCUGCUGUCAGCCCCUGUGAAGAACGGAGAAAGCCCGGGCCGGGAGGGGCUGGCCCGGGAGAGGCUGGCCUGCCUGCUCUUGGACGCCCAGCGGCCCCUGGCCGACCUGGACAGAGGCUUCCUGGGGAGGAGCUGCCUGAGGAAGGUGCAGACGCUCUCCCGGCUCCCGCCCGACGGCCCCGAGGCCAGCGUCCUCUGCCUCUCAUCGACCCGCGCGAAAGUCCAGCCGUCCGCGUCGGAAUUCUUCCCCCCCGACCCCAAGGAGGCCUUUACGGGGGAGAGAGGUGGCCUUGCCAGCUUCCGGGCGCAACCCGAGUCCCGACUGCGGCGGGAGCCAGAGCCCGAGCUCCGGCUUGGCGGGGACGGCGGGGCGCGUGGCCUCGGCCCCGCGGAGGAAAGCCCCCCGCCCGGCUUCGAGGGCCGUCGCGAUGCAGACAGAGACCCGGGGCCGCCCGACCCUGACCCCGAUGAGCGGACUGCGGACGGAGCCGAGGAGCCGGGCAGAGCAGCCACGGCGCAGGUGGGUGGCCGCGUGCCCGGGGAGGGCCUGCGCGCUUGUGCACACGCGUGCCCUCCGCAGGGCGUCUCCCUGCAGGACCUCCUGUCUAAGCUGGGCCGGCCCUUCAAGGAGUACGAGCUCUGGGCUCUGUCCCACGCCUGCCUCAGCACCCUGCGGACGCACAGCCAGCACCCAGCCUACCUGUGUCUGGACUCUGUGCGGGUGGCCGAGGAUGGGGCCGUGCUUUUCGGGCCCCCCUCCGGUGCUCACAACCCGCUCUUCCUGGCUCCCGAGGUUGCAGAGCAGAAGCUGACGACCGAAAAGGCCUCCGUGUACUGCGUGGCAGCGGUUCUAUGGACAGCAGCCAAGUUCAGCACGCCCCGAGACCACAAGCUGGCCCUGCCCCGCAGGCUGAAGGCUCUGCUCCUGCACAUGGCGAGACGCAGCGCCCGGGAGCGGCCAUCCGCGGCCGAGGCCAUCGAGACCUGCAGUGCUUACCUCCUGCAGCGAGGGAUGGACAGCAGGAAGAUCCUAGCCCACCUGAGGGCAUCCACCUGCACGGUUUACCAGGAGGAGGAGACCAUCGGUCUGCAGAACGCUCUCUCGGUGGUUGAGCUGAACCGCAGCAUGGUGCCCACACCCGGGCCCGGCUCAGGCUUCGUGGGGACCAGCGGGGACAGCAGGCUGGUGGCCGUGCGGGGGCCGGGGCCCGGUCCGCCCUCCUGCCUCCGAGAGGCCGCGUUGCCGCCGGAGGCGUUCACCUCGCCGGCCGCUCUCUUCAGGCCCCUCGUCCUGGCCGCAGACGCGGGUGUCGCCAGGGACACCCUUGCCCCGGCCUCGGGGCCGGCCGAGAGGCCUGAGGAGAGGAGAGGCCGGUUGGACGGGGCGGCUGACGGGAAGCGGACUCCUGAGGCCCUCGGAGCGGCCUCUGGCCUGACGGCGCCUGAGCAGCUGGCGCCCCCGGGGCCCCUCAGAGGGUCCGCGCCAGGAGACGCGGCCCAGGGGUGCCCCUGCCCCCCGGCCCCUGCCCCGGCCGGCCCCCCGGGCGGGGCUGCACGGGGGACCCCCGCGUCUCCGGCCCCCGCCCCGCCCGCAGCCUCUUCCGCCGGCCUCCGGCCCCGCCCCCCUGCGCCCAGCGCAGCGCCCCCCGGGCCUCGCCGCCCAGCCAGGCCGCCCGGCAGCAGGGCCGCCCAGGGCCCAGGCCAGGAGCCCGAGGGUCCCCUGUCCGCCCCGCGGGGCCCCUCCCCGGCCACAGGGAGUCCGGGCGGCCCCGGGGGGGCCCCUGUCAGGGAGCAGGACGACAGGGCCCCAGAAGGCCACCCCGAGCGGCCCCGGCCGGCAGACCGCACGCUCUGUCCGUCCAGUGUGGACGCCUCGCCCCCCCCGGAAGGGACAGCCUGCGCGUCGCUGCAGGAGGCCACACGCCUCAUCCAGGAGGAGUUUGCCUCCGACGGCUACAUGGACCACGGGCUGGAGGCCCUGAUCAUGGGGGAGUAUAUUCACGCCUUGAAAGACCUCACCUAUGCCACUUUCUGCGGGGCCGUAUCGGAGAAGUUUUGUGACCUCUACUGGGGGGAGAAGUUGCUGCAGAAUCUUUUCAAAGUGGUGAACGGGAGGACGUCGCCCUCCGAGAAGGUCCUCCUCCUGCCCCCACGGCCCGCUCAUCGCCCUCCCCGGAGUGGCCGCCCACGGGGCCCCUCCUUCCAGCCCCCGCACGGAGAGCCGGCACACACCCUGCUGUCCGCCCCAGCUGAGCCACACGUUUCCACAGCACUGGGGGUGGGCCCUCGAGGGACCCCAGGAGGCAAACACCCAGAAAGUCCUCUGCCAGAGGGCCCGCUGUCCGUGACCUCUGUGGCCUGCGGCUGGGCUGCCCCGGAGGCGUGCGCAGGGCCUCCGUCCCCGAGGCCCCCACGCCACGCCCAGGGGAAGCCUCUUGUGAGCCUGCGGGACGCCGCGCUGUGCGUGCGGGAGGGUCCCGGGGAGCCUGCAGUGUCCUCUGUCCUGAUGGCAGCGCCACGGAGGAGGCUGGGUCACAGCCCGAGGGCCACGGCAGCACCAGCGCGCCGAGCAUCUGCUCACCAUCCGGCAGGAGGCCCUCGCGUCUCGGAGCGGGUGAGACCCUUCACGGCCGGCUCUUCUCCACUCUCGGCCCGGCUACUCUCUGUCCCUCCAGGGUCCCCAGGGAAGGAGAAGCCAGGCGUGGACUCAGACGCGCUCUCACGGGGCAACUUGGAGGUGGGGUUUCGGCCUCAGAAGUCGGUGAAGGCCGGGAGGGAGCAGCAGCCCCAGGCAGGAGCGGCCCGGCCGCAGGGCGGGGGCCUGGCCGGGGGCUGCGAGGCAGUGGCCCGGCUGGCGCGGCCCCUGGGGGGCGGCCCGUGUGAGCCCGGCGCGGCGGGCUUGCGGAGCUGCAGCCCCGGCUGGUGCAGCGCCUUCUACGAGGCCGACUGCUUCGGCGCCGACGUGCACCGCUACGUGAAGGAGCUGGCGACGCAGACCGCCGGCCACCCCGACGCCGACGCCCAGAGCCUGGAGCUGGAGCAGCAGCUCAUGAUGGAGAAGAGAAACUUCCGGAAGACACUCAAGUUCUACCAGAAGCUCUUGCAGAAGGAGAAGCGGAACAAAGGCUCCGAGGUGAAGGCCAUGCUGUCCAAGCUGAAAGGGCAGCUGGAAGAGAUGAGGUGCAAGGUGCAGUUCCUCGGGCUGGUCAAGAAGUACCUGCAGGUCGUGCAGGCGGAGCGCUGGGGCCUGGAGCCCUGCGCCCUGCCCACGGUCGUGAACGUCCCGGCCGCGCACUGCGACACGCUGGACUUCAGCCCCCUGGACGCGUCCUCCUCUCUCAUCUUCUACAACGUCAGCAAGCAUCCGCGCGGCAGCCGGCAGAGGAAGGCCCGCGUCCUGCAGGCCGGCACGCCGCUGGGGCUCAUGGCCUACCUCUACUCCAGCGACGCCUUCCUGGAGGGCUACGUGCAGCAGUUCCUGUACACCUUCCGGUACUUCUGCAGCCCCCACGACUUUCUGCACUUCCUCCUGGACCGCAUCAGCAGCACCCUGUCCAGGGCCCACCAGGACCCCCCCUCCACCUUCACCAAGAUCUACAGGCGGAGCUUCUGCCUGCUGCAGGCCUGGCUGGAGGACUGCUACGCCGUGGACUUCGUGAGGAACGCCGGGCUCCUGGGGAGGCUCCAGGACUACCUCUCCUCCCAGGUUCUGCCCCUGGACGGGUCCGCGGAGCACCUGCUAGGCCUCCUGGAGGUGGGCACCGAGCGGUGGGCCGACGCGGCGCCAGACGCUCGGUGCACCUCCAAGGAGGCUAGAGGUGACGCCAGGCCCCGUCAGGGAGCCCUGGGAAGAGGCUCCCAGGACGGCCGCAGGAGGGAGGGCUUCCCCUGGCGGCUGUCCCGGGGCAACGGGCUGGCGCUGCCCCACCACAAGGAGCGCCAGUACAGCAUCGCGUCCGCCCUGCCCAAGCCCUGCUUCUUCGAGGACGUCUACGGCCCCUACGCCAAGGCCUGCGAGAAGGGGCCCCACUUCCUGACCGAGUACAGCACCCACCAGCUCUUCAGCCAGCUGACGCUGCUGCAGCAGGCGUUGUUUCAAAAGUGCCAUCCCGUCCACUUCUUAAACUCACGGGCCCUGGGCGUCACGGACAAAAGUGCGGCCGUCCCGAAAGCCAGCUCCGCCGAGUCUCUGUCAGCCAAAACCUGCAGCUUAUUUCUGCCCAAUUACGUCCAGGACAAGUACCUGUUACAGCUUUUAAGCAGCGCGGACGACGUCAGCACCUGGGUGGCCGCUGAGGUCGUGACCAGCCACACGUCCAAGCUGCAGGUGAACGUACUCUCCAAAUUUCUGCUGAUUGCGAAGGCUUGCUACGAGCAGAGGAACUUCGCGACCGCCAUGCAGAUCCUGGGCGGCCUGGAGCACCCGGCCGUGCGACAGUCCCCCGCCUGGAGAAUUCUACCCGCAAAGAUAGCAGAGGUCAUGGAGGAGCUGAAAGCCGUGGAGGUCUUCCUGAAGAGCGACAGCCUGUGUCUGAUGGAAGGAAGGCGCUUCCGGGCCCAGCCCACCCUGCCCUGCGCGCACCUCCUGGCCAUGCACGUCCAGCAGCUGGAGACGGGGGGCUUCACCAUGACCAGUGGAGCCCACAGGUGGAGCAAGCUCAGAAACAUCGCCAAGGUGGCGAGCCAGGUGCGCGCGUUCCAGGAGAGCCCCUACGCGCUCGCCCCCGACCCCAAGCUGCAGGCCCACCUCAGGCAGAGGAUCGCACACUUCAGCGGGGCCGAUGUCGCCCUCCUGGCCGCGGACAGCAGGGCCGGCGCCCCCCGCGUGCCCAGCGAGAGGCACUGCAGGAAGAUCCAGGACAAGCUGCGCAGGAUGAAGGCCACGUUCCAAUAG